CGUUAGUUAAAUUGAACGCCUAAAACAAAAAUAUUCACUCUUGUUAUCGAUUUAGUUUGAUCUAACAAAGAUUGAAGUUGUUUUCAUAUUUGAUUAUUUUCAAUAUUCCUAGUGAAAAAUGGAACAAUGGUCUGGAAAAAUAGCUGUUGUAACUGGAGCUUCGACAGGAAUAGGAGCUGAAAUUUGUAAAAAAUUGGUAGCGUCAGGAAUGAUUGUGAUUGGAUUAGCUAGGAGAGAAAACAAACUUAAGGAGUUAGCUGUUACAUUGAAAGGAGAAUCAGGAGAAUUCCAUUAUUUUCGAGUAGACUUGUGUCAAGAAGAAAAUAUUUUAGAAGCUUUUAAAUGGAUCAAACAGACAUUCAAAUGUAUUGAUGUAUUAGUAAAUAAUGCUGGUGUUGCGAAAAAUGCUGAUCUGUUAAAAGGGGAUACUGCUGAUUGGAAACUUAUGUUUGACACUAAUGUAAUUGGUAUGAGUAUAUGUACAAAAGAAGCAGUAAGAGUAAUGAAAGAGUGUAGUAUUGAAAAAGGUCAUAUUAUAAAUAUUAACAGCUUGUUGGGCCAUAUUCAAGCUCCGGAAUUUUUAAGUAACAUAGCUAUGUAUGGUGCAACAAAGUUUUCCGUCACUGCUAUCACCGGUAAUUUAAGACAAUUGAUUGGAAAAGAAAAAUUACCAAUUAGAGUUACGAGUAUUAGUCCAGGAGUUGUUGACACUGAUAUGCCUAAAGCAGCUCACGUUCCUGUUCCUGGUGGUUUGUUAAAAGGUGAAGAUAUUGCCGAUGCCUUGUUAUACGUUUUAGGAGCUCCACAACAUGUUAAUGUUGCUGAGCUUAUUUUAUUACCGUCAGAGAAUAAAAUAAAAUAAUUUGUGUCUUAAUUACUAUGAUAUGACAUGAAGUAUUAUUAUCAUUAAUUCUUUUGAAUCUAAAGAAUGAAAAAGAAAAGGAAUAACACCGAAAAUCUGUAUGUACUUCAUUGUAAUACUAAUACUUCAACGAAUAAAUUGUAUUUACUUAA